GAUCUUCGAGAUCCUCUUGAUUCUCUUCUAGGAAGUUGUCGCUUCCUGUCGAUCUGUUAUCGAUGCUGAGAUAAGAACCCCACUUAACCCCUCUUAGUCAGGAAGAAAUGGAUUUCAUCCCACCAAGACCGUUUGAUAUUCGUUUGGACCAGGAAUUCUUUCGCAGACAGUCGUUGAAUCGCUCAUUUCACACUUUAAUACAUACAAUAUGGACGACUCGAAUCCCACUGCCAACAGCAAUCUUAAGCAGCCCAAGAAGAGAUUUGUUGGACGACGAACAGCCGACGCUCAGGCACAGAAAGAGGCUUCUCCAACGCAAAAAGAUGUCGAGACCACAAGCAUUCAGAAAGCUGCUCCAAGGAGAAACCCCCGAACCCUGAACCAGGUCCCUCCGGAGAUCCUCGAAGACCCCGAAAUCCAAGCCGCGAUCGAACUCCUGCCCAAAAACUAUUCGUUUGAAAUCCCCAAGACAAUCCACCGCGUGCGCAGCUCUGGCGCAAAGAGAGUGGCUCUCCAGUUCCCCGAAGGUCUUCUCAUCUUCGCGACCACCAUCUCCGAUAUCCUGACACAAUUCUGUCCCGGUAUCGAAACCCUCAUCAUGGGCGAUGUCACCUACGGCGCCUGCUGCAUCGACGACUACACAGCCCGAGCCCUGGGCUGUGACCUCCUCGUCCACUACGCCCACAGCUGUCUCAUCCCCGUCGACGUGACCAAGAUCAAAACCCUCUACAUCUUCGUCGACAUCAGCAUCGACACCUCGCACCUGAUCGCCACGCUCGAGCGCAACUUCCAACCAGGCAAGACAAUCGCUACCGUCGGCACAAUCCAAUUCAACGCCACCUUGCACGGCUUGAAACCCGUCCUCGAACGCGCCGGCUUCAAAGUCGUCAUCCCCCAAAUCACCCCGCUCUCCAAGGGCGAAAUCCUCGGCUGCACCUCCCCGCAACUCUCCACCGAAAUCGACCUCCUCCUCUACCUAGGCGACGGCCGCUUCCACCUCGAAUCCGCCAUGAUCCAUAACCCCACUCUCCCCGCCUACCGCUACGAUCCGUACUCGCGCACCCUCUCCCGCGAGUCCUACGAGCACGACGAAAUGCACACCCUCCGCCGCGACGCCAUCUCCGCCGCCAAAGGCGCCAAAAAAUGGGGCAUCAUCCUCGGUGCCCUCGGCAGACAGGGUAACCCCAACACCAUGGCUAUGAUCGAGAAUCAUCUCACCGACCGCGGUAUUCCCUUCGUCAACCUCCUGCUUAGUGAAAUCUUCCCCGGAAAGUUGGCUUCCAUGUCGGAUGUUGAGUGUUGGGUGCAGAUUGCCUGUCCGCGCCUGAGUAUCGAUUGGGGGUAUGCGUUCCCGCGGCCGCUGCUUACGCCGUACGAGGCGUUGAUCGCUUUGGGUAUCAAGGAGAACUGGGACACGGCCAAUAAGGGCAUCUACCCGAUGGACUUUUAUGCCAAGGAUGGAUUGGGGAGGACAAAGCCUGAGCAGGCAAUUCGUGGUGCUGCUUGAUCGUAUAUUUUGCAACAAAAA